AUGGCACAACGAGAUAACUGCUACGAUGGAUUAUCAGACAGAUUCAAAACGUUAUUUUUAAUAUUAACCACGAAAGAAUGUGAUAAAAUGAAUAUGAAUAUACAAAAAUGGGGUGACAGCUAUAGUUUUGAUUUAUUGUUUCGCAAUUAUGAGUAUUACCAUUUCAACAGUGAAUUUGAAUACAACAUUAUUGAAAUUCUGAAAUAUGAGUUCACCUUUAUAUUGGCAAUCAUCCACAAGGUAAGGACUGUAGGCAUCGAAUCAUUGUCGAAGGAGACGCUCGAUUACCUCCUUCGUUACAUCGACGAUUGGUGUCUUCGAGACGGUAUCUUCGAUGCGUGGGAUAUAGCCUUCGAGCUCUUUAAUAGAGAGGAAAUGGAGAUAGAGCUCGGCUUAAAGAAGCUCUAAUUUAAUUAAUUCUCUUUUUA